AUGGGGAAGCCAUUUAAGAAAAAGACACUCAAAGGAAGAAAUGGUAGAAAGUCAAAAUCUCCUCCUAAAGUGCCGAUCGUGAUUCAGGACGACAGCCUUCCCGCAGGUCCUCCCCCGCAGAUCCGCAUCUUGAAGCGGCCGACGACCAACGGCGUGCUCAGCAAUCCCAACUCUGCCAGCAGACCGGCCUUCCCCGUCAAAUCCUUGGCGCAGAGGGAGGCAGAGUACGCGGAAGCCAGGAAACGAAUAUUGGGCAGCGCCAGCCCCGAAGAAGAGCAGGAGAAACCCAUCCUAGAUAGGCCGCCAAGGAUCUCGCAGCCAGAGGACACCAGGCAGCCCAAUAACGUGAUUCGGCAACCGCUGGGGCCCGAUGGCUCGCAAGGCUUCAAACAGCGCAGAUAA